AUGGACAAGUUCCGGAUGAUGUUCCAGUUCCUGCAGUCCAACCAGGAGUCGUUCAUGAACGGCAUCUGCGGCAUCAUGGCGCUGGCCGCCGCGCAGCUCUACUCGGCGUUCGAGUUCAGCUGCCCGUGCCUGCCCGCCUACAACUACGCCUACGGCAUCGGCGUGCUGGUGGUGCCGCCCGUCUGGUUCUUCAUGCUGGGCUUCGUGCUCAACAACAACGUGUCCAUGCUGGCCGAGGAGUGGCGCCGCCCGCUGGGCCGGAGGGGGAAAGACCCCACCGUGCUGCGCUACAUGUUCAUCUCCAUCUCGCAGCGCUCGCUCAUCGCGCCCAUCGUCUGGAUCUCCGUCACGCUCAUGGACGGCAAGAGCUUCCUGUGCGCGUACUCCCUCGACCUGGACGCGCGGCGCUUCGUCGGGCCGGGCUUCAGCUUCGAGAACGCCAGCAUGAGCGGCGAGGACGUCACGCGGAUGCUGGCCAAGAUCCCGUGCAAAGACAUCUACGACGGGGGCCACAUCAUCGCCAGGGAAGCGGUGACCAGAUACCUGCGUUGUAUCUCACAGGCGUUCGGCUGGGUCUUCCUGCUCCUCAUCACCCUCGUCGCCUUCCUGGUGCGCGCCAUCCGGCCUUGCUUCACGCAGUCGGCCUUCCUCAAGACCAAGUACUGGUCGCACUACAUCGACAUCGAGCGCAAAAUGUUCGACGAGACGUGCACCGAGCACGCCAAGAGCUUCGCCAAGGUCUGCAUCCAGCAGUACUUCGAGAGCGUCAGCGGCGAGAUGCGUCGUCUCCACGGCCACCGGCCGCACCGCGACGGGAAGGGCGGCGGCGGGGACGGCGGCGGCGGCGGCGAUAGCGACGACGAGGACAAGAAGCUGAGCGACGAGGACAAGCUGCUGGGCAUCCGCGCGCAGGACGACAUGAACCGCGUGCUGUGGAACUGGCACGCCUGCAAGCCGCCGCUCAGCCUGAGGAGGGACGGGCCCGACGGGGACGCCAGCGACGAGCACGCCGCCGGCCACGACCACAACAACGGCGGCGUCCACUACGUGCAGAUGAAGGAGAUGGCCGAGUACUACAGCACUGUGUGA